GGAGGCUGUACCCAAGUUGUCCCUUUCUUUCUUUUCUUAAAACAAAAUUAAAACGGAACAACAUUUAUACGAUCAUUUUAGGUUUGCUUUCAAACCAAGAGAAAUCUGUAGAUUAUGAUUUGAUUUCUCUUUCGGGUUGCUUUCAGACCAACAUAAUUCUGAAGAUUGUAGUCCUUCUUUGUUGCAAUCGAAAUUCAAGACGAACGAACGCGUUUUGAUUUCUUGAUUUUUGUUGGUUGGAAUCUGAAUUCGAUCAUCGUUUCCCUUUCUGUUCUUCUCCCCCUUCAAGAAAAUUCGUUGCUCUUUUCCCUUUUUUUUUUCCAUCGAAUCAUCGUCUGUUCUUUAUUCAGAGUAUUCCCAAAGUUUCCAGUCUCUUUUCUCUCUCUGUUUCUUACUCGUCUGUGUGUGAGAGAGAGAGAGAAAGAGGCUGAUUGCAUGCACUUGAAUCAGUUUUUCUCUAUCUGAUUUUGUUCAAAGGAUUAGGGAUUUUGGCUCUUUCCAUUCGAUUUGCACAACAAAUCCUGUUAUUGUUUAGCUUCUGUGUGUGUUUUUAGUGCGUGAGAGACAGAGGAAGAAGGCGGAUUAACUGCAUGCACUUAACGCGUUAUUUUAUUAAAAAAUUCGCUCUGGUUGAUUGAAUUCCGAUGAAGUCUCUGGAUUUGUGCGUGGAUUUCAGGUGAGAGAACUUGUUCCUUUGAUUGCGCAAUUACUUACAAUUAAUUGUUGAAUUCAGUAAAGUUCACCUGCUUCUUUUUCAAGUCGAUUGAAAUGCAUGUAUGAAUUUUGCUACCAUUUAUAAGUUUCAAAUGGACUUAAUUGUAACAAAAUUGAAGCAUUUAAGAUUCUUUGGAGUCCGUUUGAGCUCUCUUCUCUCUAAAAGCUUGUUCUUAAUUGUAACCGCAUUAAUCAUCCGAACCCUUUUCCUUCCGGAAUCCUUUAGAUUUAGAACUCGUAACCUCCAUGAAUUCGAUUUAUUACAAUCAAAAUCCGGAAACCCCAGGACGAGAUUCUUAGAGGUACCUCAGAUUGUAUGGGGAUUAAACAACCAAAAGAUCGCCUUCGCAAGAGCUUGUUUAACUGCAAGAUUACUAAACAGAACCCUUCUCAUGCCUAGCUUAAGCGCAUCUUUAUUCUACAAAGAAAUCGAUCAAUUACAACCGAUUUCAUUUGAUAAAGUGUUUCAGUUCGAUAAAUUCAAUUCACUCUGUAAAGGGUUUGUCCAAUUGGGUCGAUAUUCUGAUCUCCAUAACCACAGCGACAUUGUUACUGUUCAGAAGGGAAGUGGCAGACGAUGGACGCCUGAAAGAGAUCUCGAUCAAUUACACAACUUGAAGCAUGACGAAUCCGAGACGAUUCGUGUAGCUGGAAAAAACCCGUUUCUAUGGCAUGAUCAUUGGCCUGUGAAAGAUUAUGCGCAGGUGUUUGAAUGCUUAGUUUUAGUAGAAGAAUUCUCAAACGAAGCUGAUAAAGUUGUAGCCAAGAUAAGAGAAUUCGGCUCCAAAUCCAAAUCCAAAUCAAAAUCAAAUAUCGAUUCUCCAUAUGUAGCAGUUCAUAUGAGAAUUGAAAAAGAUUGGAUGAUACACUGCAAAAAACUACAACAAAGAGCAAAUGUAUCCGAAAUUUGUAGUAGCAAAAACGAGAUCACAACUCGGGUAUCCAACAUCCCGGGUCUAAAAACACCAACGGUUCUUUACCUUGCUGUAGCUGAUGCACUUCUUGAAGACGGGUCGAUUUUGAACGGGUGGGGCCCCGGGUUGCACCCGGUUGAGAAGAAGAAACUGGGUGUUGUAGAGAUUUACAAGAAUCAUCCGUAUUUGAUUCAAUCUGCGAUUGAUUAUGAAGUUUGUUUGAGGGCAGAUGUGUUUGUGGGGAACAGUUAUUCGACAUUUUCGAGUUUGGUUGUUCUUGAAAGGAGUCAGAAGAUGGUGAAAAUGGGGGUUAAAAGAGGAUGUGAGAUUGGGAUGAAUGUUAAAUGGCCAUCUUUUGCUUAUAAUUUGAAAGGGGAGUUUGGAGGUCCGAGGCCAUGGAUGACUGAUUUUUUGGAUUCAAGUUUACAGGCAAUUAGUUAUGGGUCUAAUAAUAUUUCAUGUUGAGUUGAGGAGAUUGGUUAGGAUAUAAAUUGGUUUAUAUAUUACAUUGAUGAUUCUUUUUGUAAACAUGUUGAGUUGUAUAGAUAUUGUUAUACUGAAUCUUGUAAACAAUUUAAGGUUGUGUUUCUAUUGGAAAAUCUUUGGUAUUUAAUUACUUAACAGGUAAAA